GAAGGAGGGAGCGGUAGUGCAGUUUGAUAGUUGCCAGAAGUCGGUCGUCAGGAGCGCGCAGAGAACUCGGACCAGGCAACUGCUCGACGCACGGGUACCGCGAUGACAACAGAGACCGGCCUGGAGCUGGGUGAGAGUACCGUCCAUCCCAGACCCUCUCGAGAGAAACACAGGGAUGAGCUCUUUCUGUCCCCAGAAGACGACAGCAGCCUCUACUUCACCUACAGCGGAGGGUGCAAUGAGCUGGAGGUCAGAGACCUGCACUACGAGAAACACAGGGAUGAGCUCUUUCUGUCCCCAGAAGAAGACAGCAGCCUCUACUUCACCUACAGCGGAGGGUGCAAUGAGCUGGAGGUCAGAGACCUGCACUACGAGGUAGACACUGCCGCCCAGAUCCCUUGGUACGAGAAGCUGUCCGAGUUUAAGAUGCCCUGGGAGAUGCAAGGCAACAAACAGAUGGCCAUCGAGAGCCUCAGUCUGCGCGUGCGCAGCGGCCAGAUGUUGGCGGUUAUCGGCAGCUCAGGCUGCGGGAAAACCUCCCUGCUGGACAUCAUCACGUGCCGUGACGAGGGAGGCUCCAUCAAGAAAGGUCACGUCUCCAUCAACGGGCGGCCCAGCACACCCCAGCUAGUGCGCAAGAGCAUAGCCCACGUGCGGCAGGACGACCGGCUGCUGCCCCACCUCACCGUGCGCGAGACCCUGGCCUUCGUGGCCAAGCUGAGACUGCCGACGCACUUCUCGCAGGCCCAGCGAGACAAGAGGGUGGACGAUGUGAUCGCGGAGCUGCGGCUGCGGCACUGCGCCAACACCAGGGUGGGCAACGAUUACGUGCGCGGCGUGUCCGGGGGCGAGAGGAGGAGGGUCAGCAUUGCCGUGCAGCUGCUGUGGAACCCAGGCAUCCUCAUCCUGGAUGAGCCCACCUCAGGCCUGGACAGCUUCACCGCCCACAAUCUGGUGAUCACGCUGUCCCGCCUGGCCCGAGGGAACCGGCUGGUCCUCCUGUCGGUCCACCAGCCGCGCUCCGACAUCUUCCAGCUCUUCGACCUCGCGGUGCUGCUCUCCUCCGGCUCGGCGGUGUACUGCGGCCCUGCCAAAGACAUGGUGGCCUACUUCGGCGCCCUGGGGCACCCCUGUCCCCGAUACUGCAACCCUUCCGACUUCUACGUGGACCUGAUCAGUAUUGACCGGCGCAGCCCGGAGAGCGAGGCGCAGUGUCUGGAGAGGGCCAGAAUGCUGGCCGCUCAGUUCAAGGAGGCGGUUAAGGGCACGGAGGAUUUCAUGUGGAAGAGCCAGACAUCCAGCAGCAGCAUCGAGUGUCACAGCGACGAAGUCCGGCCAAAACUCCAAGAGGCAGCGGUCACCGUGUCCGGUCAGAAGGACCACCUUCCCGGCCACCUGCACCAGUUCGCGAUCCUGGUGAGGCGACAGGUGUACAACGACUUCCGAGACCUGGUCACCCUCCUGGUGCACGGGUUCGAGGCCCUGCUGAUGUCGCUGCUCAUCGGCUUCCUGUAUUUUGGGGCGGGAGACACCGACCUGUCCAUCCAGGACACGGUGGCCCUCCUCUACAUGACUGGGGCUUUGACGCCGUUCGCGGUGGUGCUGGACGUCAUUGCAAAGUGUCACUCUGAAAGAGCCAUGUUGUACCACGAACUCGAGGACGGAAUGUAUUCGGUCACGUCGUACUUCUUUGCCAAGGUCCUGGGGGAGCUGCCCGAGCACUGCGUCUUCACCCUCGUGUACGGCGUGCCCAUUUACUGGCUGGCGGGUCUCAACGAGGCCCCCGACCGCUUCCUGCUCAACUUCCUGCUCAUCUGGCUGGUGGUCUACUGCAGUCGAGCCAUGGCGCUGUUUGUGGCCGCUGCCCUGCCCACACUGCAGACCUCGGCCUUCAUGGGCAACGCCCUCUUCACCGUCUUUUACCUCACGGGGGGCUUCGUCAUCAACAUGAAGAACUUGUGGCUGGUGGCAUCCUGGUUCUCCUACAUUUCCUUCAUGCGCUGGGGUUUCGACGGAAUGCUCCAGGUCCAGUUCCGGGGACUGAAGUACCCCGUCACCUUGGGAAAUUACACUUUCAACAUCGACGGCAUAAUAGUUGUAAAGGCUAUGGACAUGAACCAGUACCCGCUGUACUCCUGCUACCUGGUGCUCAUCGCCAUAUGCGUGGUCUUCAUGCUGCUGUACUAUCUGUCACUGAAGUUCAUCAAGCAGAAGUCCAGUCAGGACUGGUGAAGAUCCCACCUCUGGUUCAGCUCCAGAACUUGCACUACAACCUACUGCCACUGGGUGGCAGCAAAGUACUGCAUUUCUCUCCAGCUAGAAAUGAUACAGAACUUUUUUGGCACAAUAAGAGCAUUUGGAUGGCAUGCAUCCAGUAGCGGCAUCUGUUUGCUCCAAUUUCAGCCUUUUUUAACUUGAUUUUUUUAAAAUAUAUAUAUAGGUAAGAUUAUAAAGCUUAAUAUACAUGCCAGUAGAAGCAAUUUUGGAAAAAAAAAAAAAAAACUCACGGGAGUGGCUCGCUCUGGGUUUUUUCUUACGAGUUUUGCACUGGUGCAAAUGCUUGAAAACGUGUUAUACUGCAUUUCUCGUUUGACAAAAGUAGCCUCAGUAGCAAACUGUUCUGAUUUAUUAGAAGAAAAAAAAAAAAUCAUUAAGGCCUUUAAGAUUCAAACCUGUACCAUUUUCCUUCAUUUGUAGAUCAAUAAACAUACUUAAAGGCAUGUUUGGCAUAUUGCGUACA